AUGCUCUCCACUGCGGCGCCAGUGUUUACGCUCGACAAUGUGCAAGUUACCGCCUUCCUCAACCCGGACAACUCGUACCCGUUCAUUACAAACUGGUGGGCGGCAGCCAACGAGACGUUUCAUGCGGAAAUGUACCAACUCACCAUCAACGACCUGACCGACCGGCUCAUCAGCAUGAAGACGAACGCGCCCUGGCUCGAUCAAACCAUCAUCAUGUCGCGAUACAGGGCGGGCGCUGAUUCGGCCACCACGUCCAACCAGGCAAAGCUCGCUGCCUUGAUCAAACAACAACAACAACAACAACAACAACAACAACAACAACAACAACAACAACAACAACAACAACAACAACAACAACAACAACAACAACAACAACAACAACAACAACAACAACAACAACAACAACAACAACAACAACAACAACAACCACAACCACUGCAACGAGAUCUACCGCAACAACAACAACAACAUCCGCGAGGAGAGCAAGUGACUGUGAUCUCGAGCCCAAACACCUUCUCUAUUAUGAGAAGGUGUGGGUAA